CCCAUUUACACCUCUCAAGGCAUAUACAUCCUUCAGAAUGUCUUCCGGAAAGACCGUCACUCUCAACACUGGCUACAAGAUCCCUCAAUUGGGAUACGGCACAUGGCAAGCCGCUCCUGGUGAGGUUGGCAAUGGUGUCUACGAGGCGCUGAAGAUUGGUUACCGACACCUUGAUCUCGCCAAGAUUUACGAGAACCAGAAGGAAGUCGCCGAAGGCAUCAAGCGUGCUUUCAAGGAUAUUCCUGGCCUCAAGCGUGAGGACAUCUUCAUCACAUCUAAGCUCUGGAACACUCAGCACAACCCUGAGCACGUCGAGGCUGCUCUCGAUGACACUCUUGCCGAGCUCGAGCUUGACUACCUUGAUCUCUACCUUAUUCACUGGCCCGUCAACUUCGGCCCAGGAAAGGACCCUCACUCUGACCUCUUCCCUGCCACCUCCGACGCGAACGAGGUCAACAUCGACAACUCGGUACCCAAUAGCGAGACAUGGAAGGCCGUCAACAAGCUCCCCAAGAGCAAGGUCCGCUCUGUCGGUGUCUCCAACUUCACAUACAAGAAUCUCAAGGCCCUUAUCGAGAAGACCGACCUCGUCCCUGCCGUCAACCAGAUUGAGCGUCACCCCAUCCUUCCCAGCAAGGAGCUCAUUGCCUAUGCCAAAGAAAAGAACAUCCACAUUACCGCCUACUCCGCCUUCGGCAACAACUUCUUCAACAUUCCUCUCCUCAUCACUCGCAGCGAGGUCAAGGCUAUUGCCGAGAAGAAAAACGCCACACCCGCUCAGGUCAUCCUUGCCUGGAGCCAGGUCGGUGGACACUCCGUCAUUCCCAAGUCUGUCACUCCUUCCAGGAUUGCAGAGAACUUCAAGGAGAUUGAGCUGAGUGAGGAGGAUGUUGCUGCUAUCCAGAAGUUCUCAGACGAGCACCAGGGCCGCAGGAGGUACAACGUGCCUUACACCGCUAAUAAGCCUCGCUGGAGCAUCAACAUCUUCGAUGAACCUGAAGAGCAGGAAGCGCCUAACAAGGUCGUUCUCUAGAUAUAAAACGUCAAUAAGGCCG